CAAAAAUCCAAAGGCAGACCGGACAACAGUCCAGGGUAUCGGCAACUCCCGACAACUGUACAGUCAGCCACCAGGAUCGUGUCGCUGCGCCAUUGAAACCAAACAAACAGUUUCCCUCCAUUUUGCUCCUCGUCGUUUCGUUCGUCGUCCACGCAAAAGACUGAAGGCGAGCAGGACAAGAUGAAGCUCAACAUCGCCAACCCCGCCACCGGCGCCCAAAAACUCAUCGACAUCGAUGAUGACCGCCGCGUCCGUGAUUUCAUGGACAAAAAAAUCUCGCAAGAAGUUCCUGGUGACAACAUCUCUGACGAGCUCAAGGGAUACGUCUUCCGGAUUACUGGAGGAAACGACAAGCAGGGUUUCCCGAUGAAGCAGGGUGUGCUUCUCCCCUACCGUGUCCGUCUGUUGUUGUCCGACGGUCACUCGUGCUAUCGCACUCGCCGGACGGGUGAAAGGAAGCGAAAGUCCGUUCGUGGGUGCAUAGUGGGCCCGGAUAUCGCUGUGUUGAGUUUGGUCAUCGUGAAGCAGGGAGAAGCUGAAAUCCCCGGACUCACCGAUACCAUCCUCCCCAAGCGUCUCGGUCCCAAGCGGGCAACGAACAUUCGCAAGAUGUUCAACUUGUCCAAGGAGGAUGAUGUUCGCAAGUACGUUAUCCGUCGGGAGGUGAAGAGCGGGAAGAAGGAGAACGCGAAGCCUUACACCAAGGCUCCGAAGAUCCAACGUCUCGUCACUCCCAUUCGUCUCCAACGCCGUCGCCACCUUCGCUCUGUUAAGCGUAGAAAAUUGGAGCACCAGAAGGAGCAGAAGUCGGAGUAUGAUGCUCUGAUUGCCAAGCGCGUUUCUGAAAAGAAGGCCAAGGUUGCCGCAAUUAAAGCAUCACACCACAAGGCGACCACUGCCUAAACUCCGGUGACUACUGCGACCCUACCAGAGCUUGGCGCUGCGAUCCUGGGUGUAUCUAUGCUAUGCUGUUAUACGUAUGCCCUAUAUGAUGAAUGACUACAUUCGUUAUCGCGUCUAAGUUCUGUUGGUUGUCAUCAGUAAUGCAUUUUUCUUUAUUUCUUUUGUAUUGGGUGAGG